UGAACUGCAAUAGAAGGAGGAGGUCCAGCUUUUACGCACAGAGCUGGUUUCGUGUUGAACUUUCCACCAGUCCUCUUCCUCCUUGUCGUUGCAGAUCGGAUGAAAACACAGCUGUGAUUAAUCAGUCCGUCUGAUCGCUAUCAAUUUUCUUUAGAAAAAAAUCCCAGAAAGGAGGCUGGGUUUGAGGAAGCACGUGGGCGAUCAGCCGGAGCUGGAGGUUUAAAUGCGCGUUUAGACGCGGCGGUGGUCAGAGAGCUGCGGAGGCCGGGAUGCAGCGACUUUAAGCGGGCAGAAGUGAACAGAACCAUGGCUCUGGAGCUCGUCGGAAACGUCGCCGCCACUAUCGGCGGUCUCGUUGCUGGAGCCAUGAAUUUUCUCACUGAUCUGUUCCUGACAAAACCUCUGAAAGCUACGCUCCAAUAUUUAGAGGAGGCUGAACUCAAAACCCUGCAAGGAGAUGUGAAGACUUUUAAAGCCGAAACUCUGUGGGAGAAGUCUGGAGCUGUGAUCAUGGCUGUCCGGAGGCCUGGAUGAUUUUUGUGCAGAGAGGAGGCUGCAGAGCUGUCCUCUCUGAAGCCCCAGCUGGACCAGCUCGGGGUUCCUCUGUACGCGGUGGUGAAGGAGGACGUCGGCAAUGAGAUCAAGAACUUCAGACCGUUCUUCAAGGGGGAGAUCUUCCUGGAUGAGAAGAGGCGGUUUUAUGGGCCCCGUGAGCGGAAGAUGGGUCUGCUGGGGUUCCUGCGUGCCGGGGUCUGGAUGAACGGCCUGAGGGCCUUCAAGAACGGCUUCUCCGGAAACGUUCUGGGGGAAGGAUUUGUCCUGGGUGGGGUCUACGUCAUCGGACAAGGAGAGCAGGGAAUACUUCUGGAGCACAGAGAGAUCGAGUUUGGAGACAAAGUCAACAUUGAAGAGGUCAUCCGAGCUGUGAGGAGAAUAUCACAGGAGCUGCAGCCUUUAGAGAAGAAGUAAAGCUUUCUGUUCCCCCACUGGAUCAGAAUAAGUGCUACAGAGAGUCGAGAAUCAUGUAAAUGUUUGAAUUGCUGUGAGGAGGGGAUGUCUGUAAAGUUCACAUGGGACCUGUGAGUUUGUUGGUCUCUGGGACAUCAGGAUGCACUUUGAGACGGAGUGUUUUUAAUGACGGUUUGUCUUUAAACUCGACAGAAGAAGCAGACCUGAUGUCAAACACUUCCUUUACUCUGCUGUUAUCCCGGCAGCCCAGAGACUUCAUGAACAAUAAAGCUUGUCUUUGUGCUCUAA